GAUCAGAGUCUCUGUGUCGUCUACCUGUGUGAGAGUGAACAACCGUCCAAAUGGCUCAGCAAGGAGUUCUGCUGGACCAGGACCAGUUCUGUUGUUCUGUCUGUCUUGAUCUACUGAAGGAGCCGGUCACCAUUCCCUGUGGACACAGUUACUGUAGGAGCUGUAUUGAGGGCUGCUGGGAUCAGGAUGUUCUGAAAGGGGUCUAUAGCUGUCCUCAGUGCAGAGAGACCUUCACUCCAAGGCCUAAUCUGAGGAAAAAUAACAUGUUGGCUGAGGUGGUUGAGAAACUGAGGAAGACAGGACUCCAGGCUGCUCCCCCUCCUGCUCUGUGCUAUGCUGGACCUGGAGAUGUGGUGUGUGAUGUCUGCACUGGGACCAGAAAGCAGAAAGCCCUCAUGUCCUGUCUGGUGUGUCUGGCCUCUUACUGUGAGACUCACCUCCAACCUCACUAUGAAUUUCCUGCUUUGAAGAAGCACAAGCUGGUCAAAGCCACCGCACAACUACAGGAGAAGAUCUGCUCUCAUCAUGACAAACUGCUGGAGGUUUACUGUCGUACCGAUCAGCAGUGUAUCUGCUAUCAGUGUGUGAUGGAUGAACAUAAAGGCCAUGAUACAGUGUCAGCUGCAGCAGAGAGGACUGAGAAACAGAGGCAGCUGGGGAUGAGUCAGCAGAAGGUCCAGCAGAGAUUCCAGGAGAGAGAGAAGGAUCUGAAGGAGCUCCAACAAGCUGUGGAGUCUUUCAAGCGCUCUGCACAGUCAGCAGUGGAGGACAGUGAUCAGAUCUUUACUGAGCUGAUCCGCUCCAUUGAGAGAAGGAGCUCUGAGGUGAAGGAGCUGAUCAGAGCCCAAGAGAAGGCUCAAGUGAGUCAAGCUGAAGGACUCCUGGAGCAACUGAAGCAGGAGAUCGCUGAGCUGAGGAAGAGAAGCACUGAGCUGGAGCAGCUCUCACACACAGAGGAUCACAUCCAUUUCCUCCAGAGGUAUCAGUCUCUCUCCAGUAUCAGUGUAUCUACAGACUUACCCAGCAUCGUUGUCCGUCCUCUUCAGUCCUUUGGAGAUGUGAGUCAGACUGUGUCUGAACUGAGAGAGAAACUAGAAGACUUCCUUAAAGGAGAAUGGACCAAGAUCUCCACUACAGUGAAUAUAGUGGAUGUUGUACUGCCUCCAGAGCCCAAGACCAGAGAACAGUUGUUACAAUAUUCCUGUCAGCUCACACUGGACCCAAACACAGCACACACACACCUCUCUCUGUCUGAAGGGAACAGAAAGGUGACCUGUACAGGCCAAGUCCAACCAUAUCAUGUCCAUCCAGACAGAUUCACCUACUACUGGCAGGUUCUGUGUAGAGAGGGUCUGUCUGGACGCUGUUACUGGGAGGUGGAGAGGACUGGUGGUGUUUAUACAGCAGUCUCAUAUAAAGACAUCAGCAGAACAUGGAGAGUAUCAUUGAUCAGCUUGUUGGCUCGGUCCUAAUUGAUGUGUUCUCUGUCACCUGGAGCUGCAUGGAAAAUGGUCCAGGAACUAAAGGACAAUUCAGGACUAGUCAGCCCACUACAAGCUGGUAUCACUUCCUUUCUACUAAACUAUAUGGUCUGGUUUCCCAGACACAGAUGAAUCCUAGUCCUGGACUAAACAGUAUGUUCAAUGUAGAUGUCCAGGAAACCGGCCCUAUAUGUGUCAUCUUUCAUCCUCCCAUACUGCUCAGUCCAGCAACAUUAAACCUGUCCAGCAGGUGGUGCUGUUGACCAAACAAUAAAACCAGCAGAUAUCUUGACUUGCCACUCAGUAUAUCAGUAAUGUUCAGAAUAGUACUUUAAUAUCAUUGGAGAUUGAUGGUCUUUUUAAUCCACUAUCCAGAGUCAGGAACAGAUGAAGUUAGGUCUGCUUACUGUUCAGUGAUUAAAUAUGAUUUAUGGUGAUGGGAAAUAAUAAAAAACACUCAACUUCAUCUAGUAAUAGUUUUCCUUUGUUAUUUCUUCCAAGGUGUGUCUUUAACUUGUAAAUGUAUUGUGUGGAGGUGAGCUAGUGGUGUGGCUGAUAGAAUAGAAUGAAGAGGGAGGAGGGGAGGAAGAGGGGAGGAGUGAAGGGCUGUUCAAGAAACCAGAUGAGGAAGAGGAAGAUGU